CACUCGUAACGUAACAACCACCAUGUCUAUUAAGCUGACGGAGAACGCUAUUCCGGCGAUAACCAGCGGCGACGUUGAUGCAAAACCGUUGGUUCAAGUUAUCAGCAUUACAUUACUCGUAGACAGCGACGACUCUCUGCUGCGAAAAUAUUAUCUGAAACUUUCCGACGGAGUUUAUUCUCACUCCGCCACAAUCGCUGCUCAACUCAACGACGGAGUCGGAACCGGACGAGUUAAGGAAGGUUCCAUCGUUAAGCUUCUCGAUUACGUUUGCCCUACUAUCGUGAUUCGAAAGAUUAUUAUAGUGCAUAAAAUGGAAACCAUUGUCCUUGAUUCUCAAAUCAUUGGGAAUCCAAAGUCAUUUGUGGAUCCAGAAUUACCAAUGGUAGAAAAUGAAGAACCAAUACCUAUAGCUGCUUUACAUCCCUAUAAGGGUAAGUGGGCCAUCAAGGCAAGGGUUACUUCAAAAGGGCAUUUGCGCCACUAUAACAGUCCUGAAGGAUAUCUAAAGGCCUUCUCGUUUGAUGUACUUGAUUCUGAUGGAGGUGAAGUACAGGUAACUUGUUUAAAUGAUGUAAUUGACAGUUUCUAUGAAGUGAUCGAGGUUGGUAAAGUUUACUUGAUAUCCAAAGCUGGCUUGAUACCUGUUGGCUCAAAAGAUUUGAAACAUUUGAAGAUUGAUUGGGAAAUCAUGCUGAAUUCAAAUUCAACCGUUGAGCUUUGCCCAGAUGAGGAUGGUUCUAUACCUAUGCAUAAAUUCUCCUUCAGGUCUAUCAGUGACAUUGAGAAUAUAGAGAGUAACACUAUCCUUGAUGUUAUUGGGGUUGUGACAUCUGUGAAUUCUUCAGUUCUUAUGUCAAGGGAAAAUGCAUUGGAAAUGCGUAAAAGGAUUUUGAAUCUAAAGGACAAUUCUGGCAGGAGUGUUGAGCUAACACUUUGGGGUGAGCUAUGCAACAGGGAAGGACAAGAGCUGAAAGAUAUUGUGGAUGCUGGGGGUUUUCCUGUUUUGGCAGUAAAGGCUGGGAAGGUUAUUGAAUUCCGUGGAAAGUCUAUAAACGCUAUUCCUAUUUCACGGCUUUUUGUAAAUCCAGAUUUCCCUGAGGCUCAGAGCUUAAGGCUCUGGUUUGAUCAAGACGGGAAAGAUUCUGCUUCUUCGUCCAUUUCUAAAGACAUUUCUUAUGGAGGACCAAAGAAUGAGCUACGCAAAACUGUAUCUCAAAUCAAAGAUGAAGGUUUGGGGUGCACAGACAAGCCAGACUGGAUAACAACGAGGGCAACCAUAUCAUUCAUGAAGACUGAUGUAUUUUGUUACACAGCUUGCCCUGUCAUGAUUGGAGAUCGACGGUGCAAUAAGAAAGUGACUAGGUCCGGUGAACGUUGCUCUAAGAAAGUGACCAAGACAGUAAACACAAGAUGGAAGUGCGAUACAUGCAACCAGGAGUUUGAUGUUUGUGAAUAUCGGUACAUUCUCCAAGCUCAAAUCGUGGAUCAUACAGGAUUAACAUGUGUAACUGCUUUCAAUGAAGCUGGGGAAGACAUUAUGGGGUACUCUGCAAAAGAUUUGUAUGUGUUAAAGUAUGAGCAGGAGGAUGAUGAGAGGUUCAGAGAUAUAAUCAAGAGUAUACUCUUCAAUCAGUUUGUGUUUAGGCUGAAAAUCCAAAAGGAAUUAUGUGGUGAAGAACAGAAGGUGAAGAUUAUAGUAGUUAAGGCAGAUAAGGUGAAUUACUCUGCAGAGAGCAAGUACAUGCUUGAUUUGAUUUCCAAGUUCGAGCGAUGAGCCAUACAUUUUGGCAUUACUGCAUCAUAUGUGUAACAACACUACGUUUAUCCCUAUUAAUCUACUUACUGUCUGAUCUUAUGUUUAAAGUUUUCUGUCGGAUAUGGAUCUGUCAUAGGUUUUCUAGUAGUUUUAUUCCCCAUUUGCAGAAUCUUGUUAUUAAUCUGUUUCUAUGAUGUAUCAAAAUGGAAGCUUCUGCUCAGGUGGAGCUCAAGAGUGACAUUUUAGUUAACACACAAGAGAGAGUUCAAUUCAUUAAUAAUUUGAUAUACUAAAAAAUCAGUUGGUUAUAUCAACUGAUACUUAAUCAACUGAUUUUUGGUUAAUUCUUGUGUUAAAAUAAUUAUUUGUUCUAUUUUAUUGA